AUGGUCACCCACAACAAGUACCGCCAAUGUCUCUCACAAACAUCCGAUGAGGCUGGUGCUGUUUGCGCUGAAUCAAACUCUGCUCCGCAUGAGAGCCUCAGGGCGGGCAGCCUGCAGGCCCCUACACCACGGAAGACCUCAUUAAAGCACUACAAUUGCGGGGACCUCAACGCUGUCAUCUUCAACCAUGAUGCGUCUCAGCUCCCCAACUUCAUCAACACCACGCUGCCCCCGCACGAGCAGGCCACGGCGCAGGAGAUCGACAGCUACUUCCGCCAGGAGCUCAUCUACAAGCGAAACGAGAGGAUGGGGCGGCGGGUCAUGGCGCUGCUUCGCGAGAACGGGGACAAGAGUUUCUUCUUUGCCUUCGGUGCAGGUCAUUUCCUGGGAAACAACACCGUAAUAGACGUCCUGCGCCAGGCGGGGUUCGAGGUAGAGCACACCCCACCCGGGAAAGCUGUGCACAGUUCCAGCCCCCGGAGUUCCCAGCCCCCUUCUCCAGAUCCCGUGGUGACACCGGCUCCCACAAUGCCACCGAUGGAGCACAGCUCAUCCCCCUCACUGGCCUCCACGCCUCCUGGGCCAGGCGAUGAGGAGGAGGAAGAUGAAGACCCCCUGUCACCCCAUCUCCUGCUCUCCGACAGCCUUAGCCAGCUGGAGGAGUUUGGACGACAAAAGAAAUGGCGGCGGAAACACCAUAAGCAGCAUCGCCCGAGGCAGUUCAAUGACCUGUGGGUCCGCAUCGAGGAUAGUACUACCACAGCGCCUUCCCCAUUCAAGACCACCGACAGCUAUGACACAGCCAAGCCUCCUAUUAGGUUUGCCAAACAGCUGGAGCAUCGGCCCCCUCCAGCCCCACCAGAGCCCCCAGGGCCCUCCAGGAACUCAGCCCCAUUCGUCUCUCCCCUGACUCCCUUCCUUCUCAUCACAACUGGCACCAUCGUCCUGCAUAUCGUGCAACCAUCCUGACUCCCAUCAACCCCAGGUGCAAUAGCUGGAGUAGAGACCGUGGUAAUUUAUGAAUUGAUUCUGAGGGUGUGGCCAUCCUCCCCUGCCCCCGGGAAGCUCCUGGGGAUGUCUCCCAGUAUCCCGGGAGGAUUCUGGCCUCCUGGGGAGGGCUUGACACAUUUCUGGGAAACACUAAAAGCUUUCUCAUGAUACUGACUUACAUCUUCUUUUUUGUAGAAGGAUCUUAAUUUCCCCUAGUACUAUGGGGCUUGUUUUGUAAUAUAUUUGUCCAUGUUUUUAAAAAGCAUAUUUAUUCUAUGAUAAACUUAUUUUUAUGAUGUAUAUGUUAAUAAUACACUUAUUAAACUGUAUUGCCAACCACCUAGCUAAAUGAAUACUUCAUAUCUGUGACUUUAAUGCCUU